ACGACACACACAUGAACUUUACAACUACCUGGGUACACUACAGUUUUCAGGAUCCUUUGACGCGGUGACUUGUUCACCCAAGCAACUAGGCCUAUUCGUUGAUGGAAUGAGUUUAUAUUGGAAUGCUGGAAAACUAUUCGUGCCUUAUUAGUGAGUGUAGAUUGACCUAGCGCGCAGUAGUUUUGGAUAUCAUGGCCGUUGAUAAUCAGACUGUUGUGUACAUUUCAGAACAGAUAGUUAUUUUGAUUUCGUGUGCCCUGUCUUUUUUGGGCUCUUUACUUAUUAUCUGUACGUACAUCAUUUGGCCAGAUUUGAGGACAACGCCGAGAACACUUCUGGUCUACUUGUCCGUGGCUGACUUUUUGUCUGCGGGCUCGUACGCAUACGGAGUUUGGAGUGUCUUUGAAUCAAGCUCUGUGGAUUGCGUCGUUCAAGGAGCGAUAUCUACUUUCGCCAACACAAGUUCGUUUUUCUGGACUGUCGCUAUCGCUAUAUAUCUGUACAUUUUAAUCGUCAAGUCGAAUCAAAGACAAGCUGACAGCUUCGUGUUAUGUUUUCACGUUAUCAGCUGGGGCAUCCCUCUAGGUAUCACAGUAGCAGCUCUGUCACUGGGCCGUAUUGGCUACGAUGCAUCGGAGGUGUCUGUGGGCUGGUGCUGGGUGAGUAUCCAGGCUCCAGACCAUGUCCUGUGGAUGCUGCUCACUGGGAAGAUAUGGGAGUUCCUGGCCUAUCUCACCCUCCCCGUUCUCUAUGUCCUCAUCAAGAAGCACAUCCACAGAGCGCAUGCGGCUCUGUCUGAGUACCGGCCCAUCCUGGCCUGCAGUCCUCUGUCCCUUUCCAAUAUGGCCGACAGGAAGUUGACCCUUAUCCCCAUCAUCUUCAUCGCCCUGCGUAUCUGGAGCACCGUGCGCUUCCUGCUGAUGCUGACUGACUCGCCCGCCAGGCAGAACCCUGUGCUCGUCACUCUACAUGGCAUUGGGAAUACCUUCCAGGGAGCUGCAAACUGUAUCAUGUUUGUCCUGUUCACCCAGCCAAUCCGCUCCCGUCUCCUCACCAUGCUCUGCUGCUGCUCCUGCAGGGUCGGGUCUAGGGCCUCCCUCAUACCUUCCAACACAGCCAACCACAGUGGUUUGGUCCUGGAUGUGGAGACCCCCUCACAACCAGAGGACAUCCCCAAUACCAGCCCUCGUGGCUGGCCGGACGGCUGCUGACCCUGGGUCUGAAUGGAUGGACGGAGCACACUCGCACCCUGGCUGGCUUUCUGAGACACUUUUCACAAUAUUGAGCCGAGCUAUACUUGGCUGGCCUGGUUCCACAUCCUCUGCUAUAGAUGCCUGGUGCUGUGUGAAAGGAGAACAUCAGAGUUAGCACCGUAGUGUGAAAAGGGCAGGUCUAAUAGACGGGGGGGGGGGGAGUGGAAACAAGCUUCCGUACUGCAGUCCACUCAUUAAUGCAAGUGCCCCCCCCCCCCCCCAAGGGAGGGUCGCAAAUUCUGCAGACGUGUGCACGUUGUACGGUCUCUCUUGACAGGCCACACACUCAACAUGCACUUUAGGUGAUGAGGAUAAUUAAAGCACGCAUGUCGUUUUUAUUUGUUUUUUUUUUUUUGGAAGAGAUUCCCUGCUGUGCUCAGUCACUAGCAUUGGACCAUCCAUAAGGGUGAUCGCCAAGGUCAUUCUAGUGGGGGAGUUGUACAUAGGGGCUCUGUUCAAAAGUAGUGCACUAUAUAGGGAAUAGGGCCCUAGUCUAAAGUAGUGCACAAUAUAGGGAAUAGGGCUCUGGUCUAAAGUAGUGCACUAUAUAGGGCUCUGGUCUAAAGUAGUGCACUAUAUAGGGCUCUGGUCUAAAGUAGUGCACUAUAUAGGGAAUAGGGUCCUGGUCUAAAGUAGUGCACUAUAUAGGGAAUAGGGUGCCAUUUAGGAUGCACAUGUGGAUGUAUUUUUAAGGGUUUUUUCCAAGGCAACAUUUUAUAUUGUUCUUACUUAUCGGUGUCUUCCUAUUCUUGUAUUAGAGCAACAGACACUGCACAGCGCAAUUUAAUAUUGUUAUUUUUAUACCGGGUUAUCGUUGAGUUUGUAGCAUUGUUUAACAAUGUACUUUGUAUCUCAAAUUAAAUGUUGCAUCUACUGUUUUGGUAAAUGGCACCAUAUCACUACUACCAAUGACGUUUACAAAAGCCACAACCUACUGAAAGAUGGCGUCGAAUUUGGCUGUACGAAGAGUCUAUGUUCUGAAAAGGGCUAUCACUCAACAUGGUAUAUUGGUAAAGAGGAAAGUAAAAGUUGUGCCUUAUCAAUAGCGAUCUACUUUGCCAAAUCUCUUUCUACUUUUUUUUUUUUUUUUAUUACUGACGUUUUUUUGAAAUGUAAAUCAUAAUAAAGACUAAUAAAUCCACUAAAGACUGAU